ACAGAGAGAAGCAGUGGGAAUGAAUCUGUCAGCCAGUCAUACAGCUAAUUAGCUCAGCCUACAACAAAGAUAAGCAAGUUGGGGAGGAGGACCCCUGAGGGUCUUUAGAUUCUGGCCUAUGUCUGAUUGGCAGAUGUUAAAAGAGAUUUCGCCGUAAUCCAGAGCAUCAAUGAAGUGCACACAUUCAGCGGAGGGAUGGGAUAAAGCAGGCAUGAGGACAGGACUGUGUGCAUGCAGCUACAAGGCUUCACAUUCAGCAUGGACAGGACUCUGGACUCCCUACAACUUCUAGUCACCCAGGUCCUGCCACAGAGUGACCCCAGCCUGGUCUUCAGAGACUUAAAUGUAGUUGCCUUACUUCAAGAAUUUUGGGAGAACAAAGAAAAGAGAAAAGCAGUCUUUCCAAGUGAAAGCUUGGUGGCUUAUGAGUCUGUCCCGUCUCCUGACCCGCCAUUUGUUUGUUAUGUCAUCUUACCUGGAGGAAGCUGUUUUGGAAAUUUUCAGUACUGCACCAGCAGAGCAGAAGCACGGAGAGAUGCAGCUAAAGUGGCUUUAAUCAACUCGCUCUACAAUGAACUACCUACCAGGAGGAUUACACAGGAAUUUAUCACAAAAAGUGUCCAGGAAGCAGUGGCCUCCACCAGCGGUAAUACAAAUGAUGCUGAUGACCCAAGUACAAGUAUUGGUGCCUACCAUGACAUGCUGGGGACAAACCUUGGAAAAACAAUGCUGGAAUUUCAGGAACUUAUGAUCGUUUUCCAGCUUCUGCACUGGAACGGAAGUCUUAAAGCACUCAGAGACACAAAAUGCUCCCGUCAGGAGGUUAUUGCCUACUACUCUCAGUACACAUUGGAUGAACGGAUGAGAAGCCACAUGGCAUUGGACUGGAUCAUGAAGGAAGAAGAGACACCAGGAAUCAUAUCUCAGGAGCUUCAACUUGCUCUUCGAGAGCUGGAGGAGUCCAGAAAAGCUGGCAGAGAGCUGCGGUUUUACAAAGAGAAGAAAGAAAUUUUGAGUUUAGCUCUGAGUCAUAUCUACAACGAUUGCAUUACUUCACCUACACAUGUUGAUCAUCUGAACUUUACUUUAAAUGGUUAUCACUAACAGAUCGGCUGCUUUGAAGUAAGAUCCAUAGAACAGUGGAUGGAAACACGGCUUAUAAAUUCUUGUUCAUAAGACCACCCAAGUUGUACAUCAUAAAAACUGUUGUAAGCAUUUCUUUAAAAAUGUGUGUUUCAAGGUUUUCUGUUAAACUGUUGUCUCUUUCAAAUGUCCUGACUACAUCCUGACCUCUACAUAAUUCUGGAUGGAAAGUUGCAGUUGCACUUGUGCAUUGUAAACCAUUAGCAUACUUUACAUGUGUUUCAUUUCAAUUUGUUUACAUGGACUUUUAUGCUUCAUGUAUGCUAUGCAUGUUCAGCGGAUGUCUACUUUUUGACACCUCCUUAAAAAGACGCAGAGGGGGUAAUUAAAGCUGAAGUGUGCAAAAUC